AUGUGUGUUACAGCUCUACUUUCUCCCGACACCAUUCCGGCCGGAGUCCCACGCCAAAACAGACAGGAUACACAAAUCUCUCAUGUCCCAGUCCCAGGACAACAAUCUGCAUCUACCAGUGAUGCCACAGCCACAGCCCCAUCCGGCCAUCAACCCCCCUACUUCCCUUACGAAACCAUCGGCCCAGUAGCCCACGCGCACUACACCCGCCCCACAACGACCUACUGGCAAGAAAUCAUCCCCACUUCCUCCAUCCCAUCUCUGCCCUAUUCCACAGUUCCCCCUUAUCAAUACUCUUACGCCGCAUCUCUUACCCCGUAUACCAGUUUGCUUCUCCCUAUUAGGCCUUUGGGCGCUACUACAGAUAGUAUCGCGGUAUGUUCAUUGGCAUUACCACAUGCUUCGAUGACUGUUGUUAAGGAACUGGCGAGGAUUGUGGCGAAUAAGAUUAGGAAGUUUGAGCCGGAGGUGGUUAUGGGGCUGCCUACUGGUGGGUUGGUUUUGGCGCCUUUUGUGGCGGAGGAAUUGGGUUUUGAUCGCCACGUCCCUUGGGGCUACUCUCAUAAACCCUGGUAUGGCGACCAGCUCAGCACGAAAAUCUCGUGUAUUUUUGACGAACCGGAUCAGGGGCCAUCGGUCUUUCUUGAUCCUAAUCUUCUCUCGUUGGUUAAAGGGAAGAGAAUAGCUUUGAUUGAUGAUGUUAUCAGUUCUGGGACUACCAUGGCCGCCAUGUUGAAGUUUCUAACUGAUGAAGAGGUCACUGAUGAAAAUAUCAUGAGUCAGAAAGCGACGGAUGAUGAGAAAAAGCCACAUCAAAAGAAGGAAAGUGGAAUGGGUUUAAAUGUUGUAUGUGUAGGAGUAGGAAUGUUACAGGGCGAGAAAUACAAGACGGAAUUGAGUCCGGAGGUAGUGGAGAUGAUUGUGGGUGCAGUCGAGAGUCCACUUUUGAAAGCGGUUGAAGGGGGUUGGGUUCCGAGAUGA